AAAGUGGACAGAGUACGAGUAGUGUUGCCAAUCGUACGAUAAUUAUUGUACAAGUACAAUAAUUUUUGCGCGUGUACGAUGUACAAUGGGACUCAUACGAUAAUACGAUAAUUUGGGAAUUCGUACGAUAUUUUUAUGAAAUAUACAAAAAUUUGAGUGAAAAUUAAUGUUAUCAAUAUCAGGUAAUGCAAAAUUUCUUACAUAAAUUUGAAUAACAAAAUAAAAACCUGAAAGUGGCAGAUGUAUUGCUUUCCUUACGAGACAAGUCUCACCAUACGGGUGAACAACAGGUCUCGUUCUUGUCUGCGACCAGUCCGUCCGCUCCCCGAGUCCUCGUCCCAUAGUCUCGUAGUCGUCAGUCAGUCGUCAGUCUCGCGCGUCGCGACGCAGGACAGGACUUUCAGUUUUCGUUAAAAAUGUCUGAAGAGAAAGGAAAGGAGAGAGAGGAGGCAUGUGGUGCAGUCCCGAAAAAAGCGAGACGGAAACAGAAAUAUAGGCCCGAGUGGGAAAAACAGUUUCCGUGGGUGGGGCCUGCAAAGAAGGAUGCUUGUAAGGCCAUGUGCCUUAUUUGCAGUGUUGAAAUAACCGCCCAGCUCACAACUCUCAAGUUGCACGAAAACACUGCAAAGCACAAGAAAAUGUGUGCGCCAUCCUCAUCCAAAAUACUUAUGGAGUCAUUUACAAGUGCACGUGGUGAUAAUGAAACUAGUAAAAGUGAUUCUGUUAAGGCUGCUGAAAUAAGGCUUACUGCAUUUAUGGUGGAACACAAUAUAAGUUUCCGUGUGGCCGAUCAUCUGUGUGAAGUCCUGAAAGGUUGCUUCUCUGACUCCGCUAUUGCAAAGGAAUUGAAAAUGAAAAGAACAAAAUGUCAAAGAGUGUGUGGUAAUGUUAUGGCACACUCUCACAAACAAGAGCUCAUUAACAUCUUGAAGCAGAACAAGUUGAGCAUUCUUGUGGAUGAAUCCACAGAUAUAUCGGUCUGUCAGAAUUUAUGCAUCAUGCAACUGGACGAUGAGUGGAAGAGGCUUGCCGUAGAUCUGCCUGAAUCCAUUACCAACAUGGCGAAAAAGUGGACAAAAGCAAUUACAACCAGCCUGAUAAAUUUUGGUGUGCCAUAAAAACUCUGGAGGAUAGUGAUGGAAACCCCAAGUUUAAGCUUGUUUCAGACUUUUCACUAGGAUGUCUUUCUUUGCCUCAUGCUAAUGCUGACUGUGAGCGCUGCUUCUCUAGUGUAAACCGUGUGAAAACAAAAGACAGAAAUAAGCUAAUAACAGAAACCGUAAGAGACAUCAUCCUAGCGAAGCAGUGUGUUGCUUCCACAUCCAGCAGUGACUGUACGACCUUCAAGCCAUCAAUCAAAGUCAAUGAUAAAAAACAUGACAUCAAGCGUGCUAUAUUCCUCCAAUGAAGAGAGUGCCGGGGCUGCUGACGACGUGCCGGAUGUAUAUAUAGAAGAACAAGACCAGUAAUCUCCUACAUAGUAAGUAAACAACUUAACGAAGUGUCCUGUAGUUUUUCUCCAAUUAUUAAUGAUAUGUAUUUAGGAAAGUGUUUUGUUUGUUAAGGGCAUUGUUGUUUUUUUUUUC